CUUCGAGCGGCCGGCCAGUGGACGGGCACACGGACCCGCCGAAGGACGCGCUGCACUCGCGCUGCUCGCCGCGGCUCAGUCGAGCACCGCCGCCCCAAGGACGCUCAGCACCCCGCGCUCAGCACCCCGCGCUCAGCACCCCGCGCUCAGCAGCCCCGCGCUCAGCACCCUCCACUGCACGGUAUUGCGGCCACCCUUCGGAGGAGGUGGGGGAGGAGGAGACCGCCGAGGACGCGCGCCUUGACGCCUCGCCUAGUCAACAUGGAGGUCCACCAGCGCCCCGCCAGGCUCCUCCAGCUCGCAGCCGUCGCCCUGGCAGCCCUGGCCGCCCUCCUUCACAUCGCGGCGGCGGAGAAAUACCAGGCCCCGUACUUCAUUCAUCAAUGCCAGCGGUCGGACCCCGAGCUCAACAAAUGCCUGCAGUUCGCCGCCAACACGCUCGUCAGGCACUUUCGAAGUGGCAUACCGGAGCUCGAAGUCACGGAGGUCGAGCCGAUCCAGAUCGAGGAGAUCCACCUGGCGCUGGGCAGCGGUCCCGAUGGGUACCGGGCCAUCUUCAGGGAGGUUGAGGCGUUCGGCGUCAGCAACAUGACCGUCAGCGGCGUCAGGUCGAACCUCGACUCAAUGGAGUUCCAGUUCAGCUUCUACAUCCCCCACAUCAGGGCGCGUGCGCAGUACAGGUCGUCUGGAGUGCUCAUCAUGGUGCAGGCUUCUGGGGGCGGCGACUACUGGGGAGAAUACGAGGGCGUCCGCGCCAAGGUGUACUUCAAGGCGCGCAAAGAGGAGGCCAACGACCUGACCUACCUGCAGGUGGACGACAUCAAGAUGGACUUCAGCGUCAAGGACAUCAAGAUGGGCAUCAAGAGCCAGCAGGACAACGCCAUCAUCGAGGCGGCACUCAACCUCUUUAUCAACACCAACGGCCAAGAGCUGCUCAAGGAGAUGAAGCCCUCCAUAAAGAAACACCUGCUCGUGACCAUGAGGACCUUCAUCAACAACUUGUUCGGCAGGGUACCAUACGAGUACUGGAUCCUGGAAGACGACAAGUAAAGGGUUGGUCGAAACCAACGGAAUCGACGAAUUAAUUUUCGGUUCAACAACAAUUUUUUGUGAUUUUUUGACGUAGCGGGUGAUUUAAGCGGCGGGUUGUCAUGCGCCAUUUCUUACUGGAUUGCAACUCGCUGUUGACGUCAAAGAACCACAACACUGCUGAACUCGGCUGUAUUCUGACCACGAAUAAUUGCGUUAUACGAAAAGGACUAUGAGACAGUAUGCCUGAUUGAGUAUUAUAGACUGCUCCGGGAAACGCGCAUGUAUACUUUUUUGUAAUGCGCGUUUCUGUUGUUGUUAAUGUUAUUUAUCAAAGUGCAAAAUAAAAAUCUUGCGUUGUUAUGAAA